UUUGUAAACCCUGGUUCAAUAGACUUCCGGACUUAGGCAUUUGCAGAGGGCGGCUAGGUUUGGUGGACUUGCAGCCGAGAUACUUAUACCACCGCUUUAGUCGCGAGCUGUGGGUUGGGAUGCACGGACCUCAUUCACAUCGGUUCCCCAGCUCACAGCACCAAAGCCGAAAAACCAAACCCGUUGCCCGUGGAGUCGAUUCUGACUCAUAGCGACUCUAUAGGACAGAGUAGAACUGCCCCAUAGGGUUUUCAAGGAGCGGCUGGUGGAUUCGAACUGCUGAGGUUUUGGUUAGCGGCAAAACUCUUAACCACUGCGCUAGGGACCAAAACAAACAAAAAAUCCCGUUGCCAUGGAGUCGCUUUGGACUCAUCGCGACCCUAUAAGGACCGAGUAGAACUGUCCCGGUUACAACUUAGCAGCCAAAUUCUUACCCACUGUGCCACCAGGGCUCUACUGCACUAUCAGACAUCAAUAAAUAUUUGUGGAAAGAAGUGCAAAUAAAGGGCUAGAAAGGAGGCAAGCCCUCUAGAUGUCUUUCAGCAGUCUCCCAGCCUACCUCCUUCCACUUCCGGGUCACGGGGUGUGUCCAAAAGAAAGAAGGAAGCAAAUUCACCCGGCGUUCGCACGCCUGCCACGAUUCCUUAGGGCCUUUGCUUUUGCAGGGGCGUCUUCACCGCGGAACUACUCCUUUAGGAUCCAAUUCAUCGUUAGCUUUCCUAUUCCCACAUCCUUUUCCUAAUUAGUUCCUGCAUUUUUGGAGAUUGAAAGUACUGUGGAGAGGAGAGGAAGGGACUGUGGUAGAAACAAGCAAAGCUCACUUAACCUGGGCGGCAUCCCGGAGAAGGAUAAUUUCUUGCCUUCUUAAAGUCGGCUACCAAAAUCAAUUAUUUUGCUCCCAUUCCCAGAGCUUCAGUUGCUCUUUCACAUACCAAUUCCAAAGGAGUACUGAGCGACAAAGAGUUAUGGAGAAGCGCCUGCUGGAGGCUCAGCUGUACAAGGAGGAAGGGAACCAGCGCUACCGGGAAGGGAAAUACCGAGAUGCAGUGAGUAGAUACCAUCGAGCCCUGCUACAGCUGCGGGGUCUGGACCCAAAUCUGCCCUCCCCGAUACCUAAUCUAGGACCUCAGGGCCCAGCUCUCACAUCUGAGCAAGAAAACAUGCUGCAUACCACGCAGACUGACUGCUACAACAAUCUAGCUGCCUGCCUUCUUCAGAUGGAGCCAGUGAACUAUGAACGAGUAAAGGAAUACAGUCAGAAAGUUCUGGAACGACAGCCUGAUAAUGCUAAGGCGUUGUACCGGGCUGGAGUGGCCUUUUUCCAUCUGCAGGACUAUGACCAGGCUCGGCACUACCUCCUGGCCGCCAUCAAUAGACAGCCAAAAGAUGCCAAUGUCCGGCGGUACCUCCAGAUGACACAGUCAGAGCUCAGCAGCUACCAGCGAAAAGAGAAGCAGCUCUACCUGGGCAUGUUUGGUUAAGAAAGAAGAAAGAUGCUUCUUCACUUGAACUUGGGUGGACCAUUAAAGAUCCAUCAAGGGGAAACCUGAGCCUCAGCAAGAGAAAUUAACCCCACACCUCUGACCCACGUGGAUUUCUGUUGUUUCCAGUUCUGCACAAACUCUUUAUGAUUUAUACAGUCUGUGUCAUUUUUUUGUCUCUCCAUCUGUGUGUUUAUAUUGUUUUCAGUACGUUAUUCUUGGGGGUUUUUACCUUGGGAAACGUUUUCACCAGAACGUUACCUUUGGAAGUAUUUUUACCAGAAAAUGCUUAUCAGCUAUGGGUGGAAUUAGCCAUACCUGUGGCCUCGAUUUUAAUAGUAGAUGUUGUUAGUGGUACUUACAGAGGAGAAGGGUAGCAGAGGGUGGAAUAGUAAGGACAAGUGGAAAGCAGUUCCUUGUUUCGUUUCCUCAGAUGCCCAAAGCCAAAGUUACACAGCCACAAAUUGGGAGAUAUAUUUUUUUGUGAAACUAAAAAUGUAUAAAUUGGGCCCAAAUGCAUUAAAAUGAAAUCAGUGAGUAUAAUUAAACCAUCAUUGGUUAAAUUAAUUCCUUAUUUUCCUUAAUAUCUACAGACAUUGAGAUUCUUUUUUCCCCUACAAAAAUGUUUCCUUUUGUUUCUUUUGGUAAUUUCUAGUCUUUGCUGUUGCUCAUUCUCAAAUCAUAUACUUAUUUAUUUUUUCCAUUAAACUAUUGUAUCUUAAAACCUCAGAAGUCAAGCAUUUAAGUAUUUAUUUAAUAACCCUUCAGACCUGCGGUUCAGCGAAUUACUUAAUGUGGCCCUUCUAGCCAUGGUUUUUGUGACUCACACACAAUGGUUGAGGGGGACUACGCAAAUAAGGUAUAUGGAAGCUCUGAUGGUUGGGGUUAUGUGUCAACUUGGCUAGGCCAUAAUUCCCAAUAUUGUAUGGUUGUCCUUGUAAGCAGGCAUGACUCAAGUCCCACCCUUACUCAAGUUACACCCUUCCCUUGGGUGUGGCCUGCAUCCGAGGUAUAUAUGUGAGUGCCCUGACAGGGCUCUCAAACUCUCUGCAUCUGGAUCAUGCCUCCAUUUGUUAUCAUCUGACCUCCGGUUCACAGGACUUGAGCUAGAGGCCUGCUGUCUGACCUGCCAGUUCUGGAAUUGGCAGGCUUUACAGCCCAUCAUCUGACCUGAUUUGCCAGCUUCCGCAGUCUUGUGAGCCAGUCGUUUGAGUUUGUCAGCCCCUACAGCCACAUGGACUGAGAGAAGCCUACACCUCACCCACAACUGUGUGAGCCAUUUCCUUGAUGCUGUUAGUUCUUUGAGCUGUUGCAGCGAAUUAUGGACCCCAAAGAUGGGAGGGAGAGUACUGAGGGGAGGAGGAGUAGUUGAUGGUAGAGAUGAUGGAGUGGGACAGCAGUUUGGAAAACUUGGAUAUUUGAGAAGUCUUUAUCCUCCGCGUCAUAGGAACCAGCUUUGUCCUGAUCCUUAUAAAAUAUUCAGUGACAGAAUCAGGAUUUGAAGCUUAUGCACUGCCUCUUAGUCACACCAUCCAAUGUGCUGUCUACACUCCAGCACUUUAACCUCCCCAGCAACCAGCUAAUCAGACCGAGAGAAUAAGAACAAGUCUCUUUGUUGGAAACUAAAGAUGCAGACAAGGGGCUGUUCCAAAUGCCUUCCCUUUAGCUCCCUCCUCUGCCUCCGUUUGUCCGUCCAAACCGUUCAGGAAGGAGUCAAGCAUGUACAGAACUCAAAAGGUCUGUUUAUUAGGAAGGGGACGUCAGUGCUUUAUCAAAGAUGAAGAGGUCAGAGAGGGACGGUAGGAUAAUGGCCCCUCAAGUGGGACAUUUCUUGGCCAUGAUGAGGAUGGCAGAAGGCACAAGUCCUGAAGGUGGAAGAAAACAGGCUUAAGCCACAGGGAUUAACCUGUUCUUUGCACCAAAGGGGAGGAGAAAUUGUUGAUAGAGUGGUACAGCCAUUUGGAAAAGUUGGGCUUUUGGGACAUCUUUAACUUCUACCUCAUAGGAACCAGCUUUGUGCUGAUCCUUAUAUUUAAGACUUUGUGCCAAAAAAACACCCAAGUAAACAUUUAAAUUUUUAGUAGGUGCAUAUUUAUAGUAUGCUCAUUUCUCUAAAAAACAUGGGAAAGACAGAUCAAGUCUUCCAGAAAUAAUGCCAUCAUAGAGCAGGAUAAAAUCAUAAAUUUAUUUUUUACUUAUCAGUCUGUAUUUUGUAAGACUACAGGUCCUUACAGAGGAGGGAAAGAAUGAGGAAGGGCUUUCCUUCCUUAGUGCCUUUUAAGGAUAAAUGGAACUCUGGAUGCCAUGUUGGGUGAGGUUGCAGGUCUGGUGCAGUCAUGGCUCAGUACAAAUGUCCAUCAACUGGAGCUCCUUUGUCAUUCUGUUUACUCUUUGUGGAUUAUGUCCACAAUGUUGUGGGUACUACGCAGUAGGUCACCAUGUGUCUGUCAGUUUUUCCUACUGUGCUGUCAAGGAUUUCAUUUUACCUGGAUCCAAAAUCAAUGCCCAUGGAAGCAGCAGUCAAGAAAUCAAAUGACACAUUGCAUUGGGCAAAUCUGCUGCAAAAGAUCUUUUUAAAGUUUUAAAAAGCAAAGUUGUCACUUUAAGGACUAAGGUUCACCUCAUCCAAGCUAUGAUGUUUUCAAUUGCCUCAUAUGCAUGGGAAAUCUGGACUAUAUAAAUAAGGAAGACUGAAGAACAAUCGAUUCCGUUGAAUUACAGGUGUUGGAGAAGAAUAUUAAAUAUACCAUGGACUGCCAGAAAAACACAAAUCUGUUGUGGGAGAGUGCAGCCAGAAUGCUCCUUAGAAGCAAGGAUGGCAAGACUUCAUCUCAUGUACUUUGGACAUGUUAUCAGAAGGGUUCAGUCCCUGGAGAAGGACAUCAUGCUUGGUAAAGUAGAAGGUCAGCUAAAGAGGGAGACCCUCAACGAGAUGGAUUGACACAGUGGCUGCACCAAUGGGCUCAAACAUGGCAACACUUGUGAGAAUGUUGCAGGACUGGGCAGUGUUUGGUCCUGUUGUACAUAGUGUCGUUGAGUCGGAAUCAACUGAACGGCACCUAACAACAACACAGUAGAUGAGACCAUAUAGCACCACCUCUACCUUUAUGAGUGGAGGUAGUAAGUAUGUGUUAUUAGCUAUCAUAUAAGCACAAAAGAGAUUACAGAGGAAAAAAGAAAAACCCUUAGUUUUGGCAAAUGUACCUCAAUUCUCACUUUACCAGUCACAUCUCCCAAAGAGCUGGACCCCUCUUUGUACCUCCCUACACCCUUAAAGAACACAACCAUCAGCUUGUGACAAGAAGUUUCUCUACCAAAUAAACUUAUGCUAUCCAAGGACAGAACUAAUUAUUGUAUUCCUUUCCCAAGCUUCUUAAGUUUCUUUUACAUCUAGGUUUGUGAACAAAAUAUCGUGGUUGUGUACUGUUUGCUUUGGGCAAGUUUUGCUUUAUGAUUUUAUUUUGUUUUUAUAUAUAGACUUGAUGUUACAUAAGCUAUCAUCUUAUGUGUCAGUGAAGAAAAAAUAAAA